UAUGGACACAGAACUGAACAUGCUGACUUUUUGAAUCUGGAGAUGAGAGGCGAGCCUACGCGUGCAUGGGACUCUGGGAACAACACCAUUUGGAGGGACUACAUCGACAUCACCUUUGUGGUGGCAAACAGCUUGGUUCUGUUGGUAACAUCUGCUGUCGGAAUUGCUGCAAACAUCUUUGUGAUACUGGCAGUGUAUCACCAGAAGUCCCUGCAAACGUCGAAUAACGCACUCGUGGUCAACCUUGCGAUAAUAGACAUUCUGCGGUGUGCCUUCGACUGCCCCGUCCUCCUGAGCAUUGUUUUAGCUGUGCACGAAAAAGGACGCGUGAACGAGUUGAUCUGUGACGCACAAGUGGCCUCUUUUUCCUUCAGCUGCUGUGUCCAGCUGCUGACACUGGCGUGCCUGAGCGCAGAGAGACACCAGGCCAUCGCACAUCCUUUCAAAACCAGUCAACGAAAAAAACGGUUGACAGUGCUGAUUCCUCUUACAUGGAUCUUGUCUUUUCUGGUGGCUGUUUGCUGUCUCCUUUUUGUCAAGGACUCACCGGUGCACGUGAGUUGCAGAGGAUUACAGAGGGAAACAUCCGGCUCGUAUGACACCUUUGGACUUUAUAUGCUGCUCCCACUGUGGGCGGUCUGCUUUGGUGUUAUCAUUGGAUUCUAUGCGAGCAUAUUUAACCUUGUGAGAGCUCACAAUCGCAAAAUAUUUGACAAAGGCACUUUGCCACCUGCUAAAAAACCUGAAAUGGAAGAUAAACAAAAGAAAGAGGAGAUCACAGCAGUGGAAAAUGGAACGUCUGAACAAAAUCAAAAACCUCCACCUGUUGCUCAGGGGGAGCCAGUGAUGCACGCUGAACAGAGUUCAUCAAAGAAAGAUACCGUUCUCCAGACCUCAGUGACAGCGGCACACUGUGUCUCCAGCUCAGAGAAGGAUGAAGAGUUUGAAAAAAUUGUGAUAACCGACUUGGAAACAGAACAACCAUGUCCCACCGUAACAGAAGAGAAAUCGUUGAAAACACAGCAGUCCCAACCCAGUGCCACGAGAAUUGACGCAGCACCAUCCAAUGAAGGUGGAGCUGGCAGUGUUAAGAGCUCGACUGCAGAGCCACAGGCGGUGUUAAGCAAUGUUAACACAGAAGCAAAAGAGAAAGAGCAAAUGAACCAAGCAUCCACUGAAAUGAUAGAAACCAGCCCUCAUGUCCCGUCUUCUGCACAGUUAACAGGUCCUGAAUCUACUUCCCUUUUACUGAGUAACCCAAAACAAGCCGAGGACAGCAAUGGAGGAGAAGCCAUGGCUGCCACAUCAGACCAGGUGUCAACAUUACCUCCAGUCUCAGGCAACGCUCCGGAAGCAGUUGACGCAAUUCCAAAUAUCGAGGCGGAAGGCGCCGUUUGCAUGAUGCCUCCCAAAGCGAAUAAAGAGAGAGCAAAAAAGAAGAAGGAGAGUAAAAUGGCUAAACGUGCCGGUUACAUCAUCGUAACGUUCGUCUUAUUCUGGCUCCCACUGAUCUCAACGAUCUUAGUGAAUUACUUUGUCCACAAAAACAAGAAUCCACAGAGAAGCACCAUUCGGCACGUGGAGGUCCUGUCGGUGUCUGUUUCCUGUAUCACGUCACUGACCGACCCAAUAAUCUACGCCGCAGUGAACCCUCAGUUUCGGACCGAAUUCACCAGACUAACAAACAAGGUUAAAUCCACGUUCAGUAAGAAUGGAUAGACAAUAUGACCACAUUUAAUAUUCACUGUGAAUAUGCGACAACUUAUGUAACCCCAGACACCCAAAGUGUGAAUUUUGUUUGGGCGUAAAAGGCCCAUUUACUUCACAUGCUGCUGCUGCUGCUGCUGCUGUGUUAUCCUAUAUUUUAUGCAGUCUGACAUCUCAGCACGCUGGAGCCGAGGUGCCGCAUGCUGUGA